AUGGACCUCUCCAAGUUACCAGCGACCGCCAAAGUCGGGCUUGGCUUGGCGGCGUUCUAUCUCCUCUACCGUCUCGUUGCAUCAAUCACACUAUGGAACAAACGAAGAGCGAUGAAGCGGGAGAAGGGUGUCAUGGCCGUGCCGUGGUACCAAGCCCUCGACCCAUUCUUCGGAAUCGACGUCGUUCGCGGCAACAUCAAGAAUAUCAGGGAGCACAAGAUGCUCGAGAAGUCACACGAACGUUUCGAUAUCAUGGGUGUCAAUACGUUUCAAAUCAACAUUCUCGGCCGUCACUUCCACGUAACAAGAGAGCCCGAGAAUCUGAAGGUCAUCCAAGCCGUGGACUUUAAAAAAUGGAAUCUUGGACGAAGACGCAAGACGGACUUUGCACCACUUCUUGGAUCGGGCAUUUUCACCACGGAUGGGGCGGAGUGGCAACAUUCGCGCGAUAUGUUGCGCCCAAACUUCGUCCGCUCCCAGGUCGGAGAUCUGGCUACUUUCGAGAACCACAUCGGCCAUCUGAUCCAAGCCAUCCAACCGAAUGCCACAGUCGACCUGUCUGUGCUUUUCUUCCGCCUAACCAUCGACUCUGCUACCGAAUUCCUCUUUGGCGAAUCAACAGGUUCAUUGACGAGUUCCAGUGGAGAAGGUGGUUUCGCAGCAGCAUUCACAGCCUCACAGGACUUCAUCGCGAACGCGACGCGAUGGGGAUCGGUGGCCAAGCUCGUCACCCCUGGCUACGACAAGUUCGCGAAAGACAACAAACUCGUGCACGACUUCGUCGACUACUUCGUCGACAAGGGCCUCGCGAAACGCAGCCAACUCCUCGAAAAGUCAAACACCGAACGCUAUGUCUUCAUCGACGAACUCGUCCGCCAAACCACCGACCGCAAACGCAUCCGCGACGAACUCCUCAACAUCCUCCUCGCCGGCCGCGACACCACCGCCUCGCUCCUCACCAACGUCUGGUUCAUGCUGUCCAAGAACCCCCCCAUCUGGACCAAACUCCAAGCCGACGUCACCCGCCUCAACGGCGCCAAACCCACCUUCGAACAGCUCAAAGACCUCAAAUACCUCAAAGCCAUCCUCAACGAAUCCCUCCGUCUCCACCCCGUCGUGCCCCUCAACUCCCGCGAAGCCACCGAGGACACCACCCUCCCGGUCGGCGGCGGUCCCGACGGCCGCGCCCCCAUCUUCAUCAAGCAAGGCGAGCUCGUCAGCUGGAACGUCUACUCCAUGCACCGCCGCAAGGACUUCUACGGGCCCGACGCCGAAGAGUUCCGCCCGGAACGCUGGCUCGAUGACCCUGAGACGGGCAAAAAGGGACUGCGCCCGGGCUGGGAGUAUCUGCCUUUCAAUGGCGGUGCGAGGAUCUGUUUGGGGCAGCAGUUUGCGUUGACGGAGGCUUCGUAUGCGACGGUGCGGUUGUGUCAGGCUUUUAGUGGGAUUGAGAGUCGGGAUCCCGAGAGUCAAUGGGUCGAGUUCUUGACGUUGACGAGUGUUAGUUUGAAUGGGGCGAAGGUGGCGUUAACGCCGAGGGAGGUUUGA